UUCCGGGUAGUUGGUGUUCCGGUUUCGGGUCGUGCAAACGUAAAUUGCAGACCAUCGAAAGAAAUGUCUGUAAAAAGUUUUAAGUUUGUGCUUUUAAGUUUAGUAAAAUUUGUUAGCUUUAAUACUUAAUAAAAUUAAUACAAAAAAAAAUUAAAUAAAAAAAAAACCAAAAAGAUAAUACAAUUCGUGUGAGUUGGUAUAAAUUCGUGUGUUUGUUUUCGGUAGCAUAUUUUCUAUUUCAAAAAAAAGCAAGUUGGAUGAAUUUGAGAAAGGAGCAUAGAUCCUAGAAUCGAAUGUAAUUUUUCCUUUUCUGCGAAAAAGUUUAGAAGAACAUACAAAAAGUGGUUUGUGUUGAAGGGAAGAAGAAAAAAAGAACGGAGAAAAAUGUGAACAAAUGAAGUCAAGAAAUUUAUUAAAACGAAAAAGAUGAGAAAACGCCUUUAUGAGAUUCAGUGUUGCAACCGUGUAUUGUGCAAAAUUAUUUAUCACAAACACAAUAUGUAAAUAGAUAAACUCAAGAAAAUAUGCACACGUAAUUGAAGACCCUGCACAUUGGCUAAUCAUCAUGAGGAGUGCUUCAUAAAAUACGAUCAAAAUUCAAAAUAAAAAAAUGAUAUUCAAAUAAAAUAGAAACAUUCAAAAAUGGGUGAAGUAAAUUUUGGAGAGAAAUAAAAAAACAAAACAAAAAUAUUUAAAUGAAGUUCUUAUGAAACUCGCACGAUAUUUGACACGAAAUAUGCUGAAAACAGGAUUUAGUGUUGAUGUGAAUUUUAUAAAAAUUAGAGACAAAGGAAAAUGGAUACGACACUGCCUGUGGAUGUACUUAGUAAUAGGAUUUUGCUUACCAAAAUUUUGCAUAGCAGGACACCAUGAAAAGCGACUGCUGCAGGAUUUAUUGGAUCCAUAUAAUACACUAGAGAGGCCUGUCGUUAACGAAUCUGAUCCAUUGCAACUUAGCUUCGGCCUAACACUAAUGCAAAUAAUUGAUGUCGAUGAAAAAAAUCAAAUGCUUGUAACCAAUAUUUGGUUGAAAUUGGAAUGGAACGAUAUGAAUUUACGAUGGAACACGUCCGAAUAUGGCGGCGUUAAAGAUCUCCGAAUUCCACCACACAGAAUUUGGAAACCAGAUGUAUUGAUGUACAACAGUGCUGAUGAAGGGUUCGAUGGAACAUAUCCAACAAAUGUUGUUGUACGGAGUAACGGCUCCUGUUUGUAUGUUCCACCGGGUAUUUUUAAAUCAACGUGUAAAAUUGAUAUUACCUGGUUUCCAUUUGAUGAUCAAACGUGUGAAAUGAAAUUCGGUAGUUGGACGUAUGAUGGAUUUCAGUUAGAUCUACAGCUGCAAGACGAGAACGGCGGUGAUCUGAGCAGUUUCGUCACAAACGGUGAAUGGUCGUUAUUGGCUGUGCCAGGAAAACGUAAUGAAAUUUAUUACAAUUGCUGCCCGGAACCGUACAUAGAUAUAACAUUUUCGAUUAUAAUUCGUCGCCGAACACUGUACUACUUUUUUAAUUUAAUCGUUCCUUGCGUUUUAAUUGCAUCAAUGGCGCUACUAGGAUUUGCACUGCCACCGGACUCGGGGGAAAAAUUAUCACUCGGUGUGACAAUUUUACUAUCGUUGACUGUGUUUCUGAAUAUGGUUGCUGAAACGAUGCCGGCGACAUCGGAUGCAGUACCACUGUUAGGAACAUAUUUCAACAGCAUAAUGUUUAUGGUUGCCUCAUCCGUCGUAUCAACGAUAUUAAUUUUAAAUUACCACCAUCGAAAUUCCGACACUCAUGAUAUGUCUGAUUGGGUCAAAGUGGUAUUUCUGUAUUGGCUACCGUGCAUAUUACGUAUGAAACGACCCGGCCGAACUUAUUCAAUGGAAUAUCCACCAACGCCAUGUUCAGAUAAUUCGGAACGAAAACAGCAUAUUUUAACUGACGUCGAAUUAAAGGAACGGUCGUCCAAGUCAUUAUUAGCGAAUGUACUUGAUAUUGACGACGAUUUCCGACAUAAUUGUAGACCAUUAACUCCUGGAGGUACACUGCCACCGAAUCCAGCGUAUUUUCGAACGGUUUUUGGGCCAGGUGAUGACGGCAAUAGAAUACCAGAUGCAAUAGCACCGCAUGCGUGUAUAAAGUCAUCUGCUGACUAUGAGUUAUCUUUAAUACUAAAAGAGAUUCGAUACAUCACAGAUCAGCUUCGCAAAGAUGACGAGGAUAAUGACGUAGCACGUGAUUGGAAAUUUGCAGCAAUGGUCGUCGACAGACUGUGCCUUAUUAUUUUCACAUUGUUCACAAUAAUUGCAACAAUAGCUGUACUGUUUUCGGCGCCGCAUAUUAUUGUCUCGUAGCCAUAUGAGGGAGGUUAUUGUUAUUGGUUUUAUCAUAAAAUCAAUUUGUUAUUAAUUAAAUUAAUAUCGAAAAUUUUUAAAUCAAUUUAUUAUUACUAAAAGAAAAAAGAAAAUAAAGACAAAAAAAAACAUUAAAGAAAUAAAAACAAAUAGAAAAAAUUAUUUAAAAUGGAAAACUAAAAAAAAAAAUAUUUAAAUUGCAGCGCAUACAUGACAUAUAUUUUGUAUGUUUGAGUAUGUUUGGAAAUGAUCCGGAAAAGAAUAUUACCGAAAUUAAAUUGUAAAAGUAGCAAAAAUCUUUAACAAAUUUCCCAUUUAUAUUUCAUCGUACUAUACAUGCAUAAUAACCUCGUAUGUACGUUUGUAUGUACACUUAUGCAAUCGUAAAGUAUUUAUAUAUUUUUCGAAGCGAAACCACUUACUUUAUGUUCAACAUUCAACCGAUUAAUUUUCCGAAAACAUUAUUCGGUUUCUCAUUUAUAAUAAAUAAAGGACUUUAAAGCGCUGCGGCAAUUACAAAGUAUUAACUUUGCAAAUAGAACUUAACUUUAUGUAGCUGUUGCACGAAAGAGAUGAUUAACGUGUGUAGAAGUGCUUUGAACAAUAUCUGUAGAUAUGAAUACUGAACUUACAUAUAUGGAAUAAACAGUUUGUUUAGUGUUCAGGAUUUAGUUGUCUUAAUUACACAAGAGUCUAAUUUUUGAGAUAUGCAAACCAGAGGUGGCAUAACUUUAUAUGGUCACUUGGAGACAAAUUACUUAACUAUAAAGCGGUGAAAAGAGAUUAUUAUAGUAAAGCUUUUUCCCUUUGCUAAACAAAGACCCAUGUAAUAUCGAGUUAUAUAUGUAUAAGAAGCAUAAAGGAAUUAACGUUGAACGUCGAGUUUACCAAUUUGUCGGCUUCAAUCUCUGAGAAUAUUAUGAGAAAUAUAUUACCAGCAAUGAUAACAUGUCUUAGUUUUUUAGUCGAACUCUCCCGACUAAAGUUCUUUAUAAGUUCCAUGAAAAUAUAAUUAAUGUUUUCAUGUCAUGCUAUUUGGGAAGAAUAAACUAUUUCAUGGGCUGAUUAAAACGCAAUUGAGUUAACUAAAUUACAUAAAUUCACGCUAAUAUACUAACCGUCGAGUGUAAAAUGAUUAACGAAAAUUAUCUUAGGUAAUGAUAUCGCUCGAGUAAAAUGCAUUGUGUUGAAAGACACGUAACUCAAUUCUGUUCAAAGUUAGUGUUGUUAACUUAGUUUUUGGAUGGCAUCUUCGCGAUAGUAAUUAAGUCUCGCGAAACUUUAUCUCACUAGAAGUUUGAGUUUAAAUAUUGUUAUUGAACAAUACAAAGUUUAAAACGGUUUUUUCAUGGUCACCAAAGGUAUUUUCUUUCGUAAGAGAGAUCAAUUGUGGUAUUUAGAAAACUAAUUAGCACAACAGGCCAAACGGCAGCUUUUUUGAUCUUGAUUCAUUUUCUAAUCGUCUAUCGCUUUUAUUGGCGACCCAAUGAGUUUUUAAUAGCGAGAUUAAUUCGUGGUGUAUCGUACUCAUCGAUGUUCAUUUCUUGUAACUGGAAUUCUGAUAAAAUGUCGUAUAGCACAUGGGUCAUAUAGUUUGAUAUCUAGUAUCACGAUAGGGUCUAGAUAGCAGAUAUCAAAUUAAAGCCACUGUGGUACGCAACAUUUGUCUUUUUAUACUUUUUCUUUUACUGUUGCAUAUAAAAAUCAAUAUUAGUUUAAAAUACUUCUUAGUUUUAGAAACAGCAAGCGCGUCGCUGUAUAAUCAUUGAAUCGUUUACUGUGGUUGUUUAAAGAAUCGCCUAGUGUUUGAUACAAAAUCUAGUACCUCGUUUGUUUUAACAUUCACUUGGCUAUAGUGAAUGAUUUUUCGAAACUACAGCUCAAACGUAAUAGAUUUUCGCACAAUUCUAAUACAUUUAUAGUACAUUCGUCUUAAAUUCUAUUUUUUGUGAACUGACUUGACUGCUAUGACAUUUUUCAUGUAUGAAGUUAUUUCACUUGAAAAUAUAGCGCAAAAAAUGCAGUACUGAAAACAAAUGUGGCGCCUCUACAGGUCAACCGAGGUUUCCUAUAAUAAGACUAUGGCUUAUAGACCGUAGAAACGUAGCUUAUUUCUACUAUCGUUGUCGGUAAUAGAUAAGUAGCUGUUUUUGAAAGAUGAUAAUCGAAAUGACGAAAGUGACUUUUGCAGUUGAUGCCACAAAAUAGUUAUGACUUGGCAAGAGAUUAGGGCUUAGGUGAGGUUAAUAGUGCUAGUCAAGGGCUUCCGAAAACACUUUUUCCAUCGUUACGAACAUAACUUUGCUGAGAAAUAAGUUAGAUGGUUAACUAACAAUUGGAAGCGUGGACGGGUUAGCAGCUCACGAAAAAGAGUGUGUUAUGCGACCUGACUAAUACAUUCAAGUUCGUCUUAAGUUUUGGGACGUAACAUUUUGUGUAAGAUUUUUGCUACAACACAUAGUCAAAUUUGAGCAAAAACAUGAUUUGUAAGCAAUAUUUGUUAAUAAAUAAAAAAAAGAAGUGAAAAAAAAAACAUUAAAAAAAUUGACUUGAAAACAAAAUGAUUUAAAAAUAUCGAUCGAUUUAAAAAAAAGCAAAAACUUAAAACAAAAAAAAAUAUUACUCGGAAAAUAGCACAAUCAUAAUUAAGUGUGUAAAUUACAAUAAAUUCGAAAAAUAUGUAAACGAUACACAAAUAUGUCGUCGGCUAAUUUAUUUGAGUUAUCAAAAAUGAACAGAGGAGUAACUAAAUAAAAUUUAGUUGGUACCGUACUAUUGUUGUGAGUUAUUAAAACAAUUAUUAUUAUUUAUUUAUUUUUGUAACGAUCCCAGAGUUGCAAAUGAUGGCAAAAAAAAAACAGUUAAACUACAAGCGAAAAACCGAAAAGCAAACAAACAAAAAGUGUAAAUUACAAGAAACACACCUAUAUUUAAUUGUAAGUGAUUGAUUGAUUGAUUGGGUACCUCGUAGCAUUUCGAAAAUUGUAAAAUUGCAAAAAAAAAUUAAUUCAAAAAACGAAAUCCAAACUAAAAACAAUGGAAACCAUAAAUAGGACAAUGUGUAUUUCCAACGAUAUAAUGGAACCUAAAUGCCUAAUUUUGAUGGUACACAAUGCAAUUCAUUUUCCAUUCAAACCAAUCGAGUAAAAUGAACCAAAAAUAAAGAUUGAAAUUGGUCGGAUAAUAUUCUCAAGCAUACACUGUUGGCCACAGUUUAUUUUAGAACAAUGUCGAUUUUCUUGGAUGAAAAUGUUUCAUUUUCAAUUUCUAAUUUGAUACUUCCAUCACAGUGUGUGAAAUAAAAAAAGUUCCUCUCUCUCCAUCCACUUGCUUAGCGGCGGAUUAACUUUGUGUCCGAAAAGUUGUAGCGAAUAAAAUCUAAACCGACACGAAACGACGAUUCUUGAGGUAACUUUACGGAAUCUUAUUCAAAUCGCGUGAUAUUUUUAAUGUUUUUGAUUCUUAGGCGAAAGUUUGUUGCUCUUUUAGUGAAACAAAGUAAAAGCUGUCGCUUAUGAAUCAAAAACACAACAAAAAUGUCGCGUCAUUGAAUGCAGGUGAUACCAAAAAUGUAAAUUGUUGAUUAAGCUUUUAUUCACGCCAAGUUAUCGAAAUCAAGACUUUGUCGUAUAAGCGACGUGGAUUAUGGUCACGGAAAAUUUCUUUUCUUUUUCUUGGAUAAGAUGAAGAUGACAUGUAAACGAACUCUCAUUGCUCCUAUUUUACGCAAACAUUUAAAUCGAAUCUAUCAGAUCUAACCUAAAAUUCAUAAUCGUCUGAGCAAUCAUGCAUUAAACUUGUUCUACCACGGUACCACUUGUGUUUUGCCACAUUUUCUUAAAAAAAAAAAUAAUUAACACGGCGGACGUUUUAUAGUAACACUCUCAAAGAUCUGGGAAAUAUGUAAUUCUUCUACGGGAUUAUCGAUCUGUAACACAAUUCAAUAAUUUCGCUUAUAUCCGAUUGAACGAAAUUUCCAAACUGGAACCUGUUAAACCAUUUGUUCCAAAUAUUUUCAUGAAAGAUUUUUUACUUCAUCAGUUUAAGACAUAUUUGGCUGUACGCAAAGCUAGGCGCUAAUUCUGUCAUAGUUGUUGAUGGAUGAUCCAAUUGAACAUGGGUCGAUGAUAAAUUUAUCUUAGCAGUUUGUGAAAAAUAAACGUAAAAUUCGUCUCAUCAAGCUUAUACUUGACCUUAUUUCAGGUUGAUUUAUUUUAACUGUCAAACAUAAACGAGUAGAUUCGCUAUGCAUUCAGAGAUUUAAAAAUGUUCCCAAAUGUUGUUGCGUUGAACAUUGUCAAAACAUUGUCAUCCACCUCCCCAUUCUUAAUCCAAUGAGUAGUUUCACUGAAAUUUUCUUAGUUCCAAAUUAAACAGCAAAACUAAAAAUAAUUAUCAACAGCACAACUGUGAUAUACAUAUUUAUAUCGUUAAUCAUUUAAAAUGAUGUAAAAAAAAUUGUUAAUGGUUUGGUAUUUGCUUGAUUUGAUGUAUUUAAAU